UGCAUUAAAUGAAUGGUUAAUGUCAUUGUGUAAUGAACAGAAACUGCUCUUUGUAAAUAAUUGGCAUCUGUUUUGGGAGAGACCCAGGCUGUACCGUGCAGAUGGACUCCAUCCCAGCCGAAUCGGAGCGGCUGUGCUGUCGGACAACAUCUCCAAGACGUUACGCGCCAGAUGACUAAUUGAAAGAUGUCCGAUGCAGUCUCGCGGCCAGACGACCUUGCUCAGAGAGGUCCCAAAGUGUAUGUGUGGUUUUCACACUCAAAAGCAGGCCACAGUCUCUACUGGUCAAGCACCAAGGGUUGUGGAGCAACAACAGUCUGCCGCUACUGGACCAGCACAGGAGGUGAUGGAGCAGAGUCAGCCUCAGCCUCGACUCCAGCCCCAGCCACGGCCCACUGCAUCUGUGACAUCAAGGAAAAUACCAAGUUUGUCAAUCAUGUUUACCAAGCCAAGAUUUGGUGGGUCCCACAUUUCUGCUGCAAAGCCAAAUCUAAGUGUGGCUAGGAGACCAUCUCAGGUUGACCCACCCAGCGCAGCGGUGUCCAGUGCCCCUACACCGAGCACCAUGCACUGUCUCUACACAAGAUCCUGGAGUUCCAGCCUCUGUCCCCAGAACCACUGCAGAUGUGACUAGUCCUGAGUCUUGCGGUAUUGUCUCGACUGCUCCUUCCGGGGCAUCAUUGCAAGCUCCAUCUGCAGUUCGACUGCAUCGUUUGUGGCCGGAGACCUUGCCGCCAGAGGAUCACAGGUGGAUUGCCAGCAGGCUUUUCAAAACGGGGUCCAAGGGAAAACCAGAGCUUCGAGACGACCUACAGCUCUGGUAUUACCCACCACGGCCAGCACUUAUCUACAACCAGGCUCCAGCUCCAGACAGAUU